CCUUCUCUCUACGCGACAUCAGUAGUAGGUAGCAGUGCGGAUUCGCUAUAUAUACUCCUUCGAGUGACGUCGAGUGGAAAAAGCUGAGAAAGAUCGGGCAAAACAAGCGCUUCUCUGUGCUACAAGUAUAAUAUAUACACAACACACGAUCAAGAGACGGAUAUAAGUAUAUCGUAUAUCAGACGCGAGAGAAUAGAACAACAUUCACAAUCGUGAUAUGAUCGAGGGUAGAGAUGAAUUGCAAUGGAGGGCCGCCUGCUGCGAACAUCGCUGAACAGCGGACGACGAGCGACGGCUUCAUGGACUGUACUCCGAUCGUCACCUAUGCAGGAGACAAAGAACUGUUUAAUACCUUGGCAAACAACCUGGUCAAGUCAUUACCUACAGAUGCCGUCGAGUGGAGGAGAUCGUUCGAUAGGCCGAUCAGGCAGGUCAAGCUUGGGGCAACGUUCGUUCCGUUUACCCAGGAGGUUCUGCCAUCGGAGAAAGACUUUCACCUCAUUAAACGGCCUAUAUUUCACACAUACUGGAGCGAAUGUUCGGAUGUCGAUGUUUAUAAGGCAUCUCUUAGAGAUGACAUAGACUCUUGGUUGAAGACAUUGGCAAAAGCUCGAAUACAAGACUGGAUGAUAGUUUUGGUAGAAACCUAUGAUAUUAAAAAAAGUAACAAAUUACUACCAAGAACAACUGUACUUGAUAAGAUUCGCAGUGAUUUUGCAUCCAAACAUGGAGACAGAUGUCUGUCAAUCAUCAACCCAAUAAAAUCUGAAUCUCGCUCUGCUGAGUCAUGGAGAGGUUUAAUAACUCGUAUUAGGCAUUUAAUGCUGACAGCCUACGAUCGAACGCUUUUAAAGUUUGAAGAGAUAAUAAGAGAUCACAGGGAGAAGAGAAAUCAAGCAGGCUGGAAUUUUUGCCAUUAUUUUUUACUUCAGGAGGAGCUCGCCUUUGUUUUAGAAAUGUUAGGUUUGUUCGAGGAAGCAUUAGUGCAGUACGAUGAACUGGAUGCUCUUUUUACACAGUUUGUCUUGAACACUAAUGUAGGAGAUACUCCAACGUGGCUAAGCUCGUUUCAAACUCCCUUGAACAAUUGGACGGGAGUCAAUCUUAAUAAUAGUAUAGAUUAUCACACAAGAAUCUUGAUAGCAGACUGCAAAGCCUCGCUUCUGGACCUCAGGAGCUAUCUAUUUGGUAGACAGUGUGCUAUGCUACUUUCAUUAAACAAACCCUGGGAAGUUGCACAACGCUGUUUAUCUUUUGUACAUGACACUAUAAACGAAUUACGGAUACUCGAAAUCCAACGGCCAGAAGGCUCAGUCGAGUGCUGGGCCUUCCUCUGCGCAUUAGAAGUAUUACACGCGUGCCAAUCAUCGACCUCUAGCAUAGAUAAUAGUCAGCUGUUGGACCUGUGCUCGUUACAUACAGCUAGUUUGUGGGCGCUCGCACGAGACAAGCUGGAAAGUCUGGGUAAACUGUGCGGCCUGAUGCCUGGCAACGAGCCAACGAGCGAGCAGCUCCACACCGUCGUGUACCUGAUCGCGGGUAUGGGCGACUCGGAACCCGCAGAUCAUGAUUCCAUGAAACAACCUACCCCCACCGAUAAGCUCAAGGAAGCUUUGUCGUCCAAAGAGGCUUUUAGGAAACAGUACCUGUAUCACACGGAAUUAGCAAUGGGCACAUAUAAGCACGUCGGCCGCAUAAGGUCGGCGCGACUGAUCGGAAAAGAGCUAGCGCAUUUCUAUAGCGAGUUGAACGAGAAUCAGAAGGCGGUUGUCUUUCUCCUGGACGCCCUGCAGACCUACAGCAGCGAAGGAUGGGUUCACCUGGCCGCACAGACGCAGCACGAGCUCGCCCAGUGCUACAAGAAGAUGGACGACGUCGAGCGCUACACCAAGAUCUGCGCCGCGAUAGCCAGUACUAAACACCUUCAUCUCACAGUUCGAAAUUCUUACCUCGACGAGAUGCUUGGGUAUUCGAAGAUGCUUACCGCGCCGCAACCACUGCUCACCGAGAUGUCGAAUAGCUUUGUGGUGCUAGAGAUGGAGGUGAAUCUUACUGACAAGGUCAUUCAGGAUUGUGAGGUGAAGGUUGAGGUGGUGAUUAAGAGUCUGCUGCCAAGGCCGGUGACUUGUACGAGAGCUGAGCUCUCGGUUGAGGAGGUGCAGAAGCCUAACACUAAAAGAAAAGGGGCCAAAAAUACAGAAUCUGGCAUAGAAUUAUUGUUAAAGUGCCGAAUUCAAGAUUCAAAUCCAGUAGACCCUUGUCUCCUACAACUUCCAGUCUCUUCGAUCCUUGUUUUCAAAGAGGAUAAGAGUAUCGGCUCGGCAAACGUUCACGUUGGCAAGAGCACGAAGAAUGCGGUUAAACGCUCGGAUAGCGUAAAGCACCGCAAACCCUCGAUGAACGUCAAAGGUGACUUUGCAGGGGCUCUCGCCACAUCUGAAGAGUUCACUCUCCAGCCGGGUAUCAACAGAUUCACGUUGACAAAACGAGUCGAGCAGCCAGGUUACUACAGGGUUAGUCAAUUGUCUCUCGUCGUUGAAAAGAAGCUGGAGUUUCUGUCGUCCGUGUUGGAACCAAGGCUGUGUUAUUCGGUUGCUAAAACUCAACCAACGAUCGCGCUGAAUUGCGCUCGGGAUCUGCUGGCGGGUCUGGCGCAAAGCGUCGAGCUGGUGAUAUCGAGUGGUAGCGUCAGGAUAAAUGAGGGCUCGAAAUUAAAACUCAGAACAUCGAGAGGAAUGACACUGUCGAGGGUAGAAGACGGAGGAGUAAAGACUCAGGCUGCAGCAGGGCUGAGGGAGCUCGAAAUGGCGGUACCACCUUGUGAGCCUUUCGAAACGACAAAGCUAAAUUUGACGGUACUAGCUGAGUUACCGCCGAAGAAGGAUUCGUCAUCUAUGGAACACAAACUUAAUAUUCAAUGUCCCUGGGGCUCGGAAGAAAGUAUAAGCCUACACUUUGGCGCACCUUUGAUGUCAACCAUGAAGCUGCACACAGCCAAACGUCGCAAAUUCCUACAGAUAGUAGUAACAGGUCUGUCGAGUCAGUUGUUGCAGCUGACUGAGCCCCAACUGACUAGUGGUACCUCGGUUGACGUACACUUUCGCAGUCUAAAUCCCAGUGCCGGCCUAAAGCUCGUUGUUGGAAAUGGUAUGUCCGUUUCGUUCAUGUGGGAGGUAGAGAUCGGCAAUGAUGACGAUAGAUCUACCAUUCCUAUCAAAACGGACUUUCGAGUAAAAUACAUCGCCAUCAAAGAUAUCGAAGAACUCGACGAGACCGAAAGGGAUAAGGACAGUAAAGACAUUGUCGAUGAUCCGCUUCAUAUACGAGAUAUGGAGAAGGUCGAGAAGGAGAGCAACGUCUACUGGUGCAAUUUCGACGUCACCGACUAUUCCACUUUGUUCACGGUGUCAUCGAGGGUCGAGGCAGCCGGCGGUGGCGGUGAGUUCUGUCGCGCGGGCAGCAUGUGCCACCUCUGCCUGACCGUGACGCGCAUGCAUCAACCCACAGCCAACUCGAACAAUCAUCAUCAUCAUCACGCGCCGCCACAGCUCAUGUACGAGGUACUUGCCGACCAAACCAUGUGGGCCGUCUGUGGACGGACGGCUGGCAUCGUCUCACUCGAGGUGCUGGAAAAGCAGAGCGUCACCCUGGACGUCAUGCCUCUCACGAGCGGAUACUUGCCCUUGCCUGUGGUCAGGCUGUCGCGCUACAUACCCGCGGCCGUCGAGCUCAAGAACGAUAACUCCCGAAAGAACGAGAUAGGAACCGGGGCCGGACCAAGACUCGAACCAUUCAGCCCGGGUCAAGUUUACAACGCCAGCAAAGCUCAGCAAGUUCAUGUACUACCGGCCGCUUCGAUGUCCGCCGAGAUGAACUAAAGAUAAAGAAUACCAUCGACAUUUUUCUUUUAAAUUUCGUGUUCAACUACAAUCUGGCACUAACUUUGCAUGCAUAUGACAAUACUAAGGUUGUAUUUAAGACUUAAUGGGCUUCACUUUCUUAAUCGAGGGUCCAUUGUUCUUAAAUUCGACGGAGAUUUCGAGGGACCGUACAGAGAUCGAAUAUGCCGAACAGUUGAUGCGGAGUACUUUUUAACUUAGACCUUUGCUUUUUUAUCGACAAAGAAAACAGCUUGCAAGCUUUCUUCUCGAGUCAAAAUAAACCACGAUGAAAUUAUUGUGUACGUUUAUAAGUAUAAAUUUCUAUGAAAAAUAAUGUUGAUAAAUAAUUUAUUUUUGUUAAAUAACAAUACGAAGCAUUGCUAAUUCUGAGUAUAAAUACUUUUAAAUCUAUUUAUUUGAUUUGAAUUUAAAUACAUUUCCAUCAUGUAUAUCUUUUUCAAAACUGAGAUAUUAUUUGUAGGUAAGAACUGGCACCGUUAAAUUUGAGCAUUGCGUUUCUUAUCAGACAUUUAUCUUUUUUCUAAAAGUUGUAGAUCGUUCUAAAAUUAUAAAGUUAAUAUUUUUAGCAUGUAUAAGGGAAGGUUAGUCAGUUAAAAAUGCGUGGAAGGCUGAACGAUUAAUCGGACGUUGACAUACGCAUUUAAGUUUUUACAUUUUAAAUUAUAAAUGAUAUGUAAUAUGAAUCUUGUUGCCAUGCCGCGUUGUAUUGAGAAUAAUAAUUUUUUACAGUUCCAACUAGAAUAUUUAGGGCCUUAUGUACAUAGCACAUAUAAUACUCAAUAGGAAUAUUCUUUAUCACGAAAAAAUGUUCUUUUUUUAUCUAUGGCAAUAGCAUAACAUAAUAAUAAUCAAUGUAAAGAAGUAUUAGUGAAAACAGUUUGUUUGAGCCAUAAAACCCAAUCCUAUAAUUGAAUGAACUUUUUUAAUACUACUUCUUUGCAAGAAUUAAUUUAUAGUGGAUCAAUUUCAGCAUUAUGCAAAAUUACGAACGAUUUUGUAAAUAUGUAUACAACUAAAAACAAUAUGUAUAUAUGCAGAUGGGCUUAUAAUUUGUAUAAUAAUGAUCAGGUCAUAGGUGUAUUAAGACAAACUGUAUAACAUAUCUUGUCUAAUAUGUUCGUACUGGCUACUGUGUUCAGACAUAAAAGGUGAGACACCGAAAAUGGUCUGAAUUAUUCUUCACUGGAAUCUGUAUUGUACCAGUUGUAGAUGUAAAUAUAUAUUUCAAUUGUU